AAUGAGGAAAAAGAUGAGUUGAAAAAGAAAGGAAUAACUGUAGAUGGCAGGAAGUAUUCAGUUUCUUUCAAAAUUACCCUUGACUUAAAAGGGCUUGUGCUGAUUCUUGCAAAACCUGAAGAUGACGACUUUGAGCUUGGUGGGCGUGGAUUGGAAGUUGAGUUUUGUUUGUUUUGCAUGGCUCUAAGAGCAUGUAAUUGUGAUCUUGGAAAGAACGAGUUAUGUUUGGACCAUUUUCUACAAACUAAAGCUAACAUUGGGGGAUUUAAAGGAAUGAGAGAUGACUUGACAUGCUUGUUGGAUGAAGACUUGUCUUCUUUGUGUCUCUGCGCUCUCCAUUGUGAGAUGAGGAACACAGAGCAGCUUUUAAAAAGCAUUGGUCUACUUGCAUAUAAGAUUGGUUCACUUGACAAUCUUAACACAAAACUGUACAGUUAUGGUCCAGAGAAUGCUAAACAAGAUAGAGUGACAGUCAAAAUCAAGCCUGGACAGACAACAGAAGCAGAAAGAAACAAUAUGUCAAUUUCUUCAUGUGCAGGUAGUACAGAAAGGAAAAUUUUAGAUGACAUUGCAGCUGUUGUAGAGGAAUCCUUGCCACAUGACAAGUUGAAAAGUCACUAUAAAGGAAUAGAUGAAGCUAAAACCUACAUUUUAAACAAACUCACAAUUUGUAGCAGCCGUCACAAGUAUUACUCUGACCUGCUCAAGAAAGGAAUUUAUGUGAGAGACUUUGGUACAAGAGAGGAAGAGAUACUAUUAGCAGGCUCAGUGGUAGGUGGGGAGAUGGAGAAAAUGCAAAAGCUUUGGAAGGAGAAAGAAAUGCAAAUCGAGAAGAAGUUUAGAGAGCUAUAUGUCUCAGAGACUACGUCUGUGCCUUCUUGUAGAAAGACAAGGAGAAUGAAAAGCAACACUUGUUUACCCAGAGAAAAUGAUAAACUAAGUGACUUUGCAGCUGAAUUAACCACAGAGUUUAUGAUUAAGGUAUGUACAACUUGGAAGGAACUUGCAAAAUCAAUAAGAGAUGAAGAAUACGACAUUGAUGAGGAACAUGAGAUAGAUUGUUUAGAUAUUAAGUGUAAAGAAUGGGGAUUUCUUCUCCUCGAAAUGUUUGGAAAAAGUCUUUGGACUGGAGACUAUGGACACUUGAGAGUUGAGCAUGCACCAAUGUUAUUGAGAAUACAUAGAUCCUUCCGCCAGUUUUCAAAUCAAGGGUUUGAGGCAGCCCACAAGCUACAGAGGCAACUGUACCUUAAAGCCACUUCUCAUGAUACGAAAGGUUAUACUACAUCAGUCAGGCAAAUUCUCACACAUAUCUACUCUGAGAUGCUACUGGAUCUUCGAUUAUCCGUCCGAGAAGCCACAAAUUGUAUAGCUAAAGGUCAGCCAUUUCAUUAUAGAGGAUGUGGCUGGAAAAAGAAAACGGUGGGCUGGGAUAAGGACGACAAAGACUGGUUAGUCAGUAUGGACACGCUGUUUAGUGAUCUGUUUGGCCCUGACUUCUGUCAAUAUGAAUAUACUGCAGACAAGACCAACCACGUCACAAGUACCAACCACGUCACAAGUACCAACCGCGUCAAAAGUACCAACCACGUCACAAGUACCAACCACGUCACAAGUACCAACCACGUCACAAGUACCAACCGCGUCAAAAGUACCAACCACGUCACAAGUACCAACCACGUCACAAUCACAAGUACCAACCACGUCACAAGUACCAGCCACGUCACAAGUACCAACCACGUCACAAGUACCAACCACGUUAAAAGUACCAACCACGUCACAAGUACCAACCACGUCAAAAGUACCAAACACGUCACAAGUACCAACCACGUCAAAAGAAAUAAAGUCAAAGAAGAGCAGGCUUGGCUGUCGGAAUCAUACGAUGCUGAUAUAAAAAACCUGUUGAUGAGUUCACAGCCUCAAGCUGAGGUUUUACGGUAUGGUAUUUCUAACAUCAUGGAUGCUACAGACUUCAGCACUCUUGUUGGUGAGAGAUACCUGAAUAGCUUCGCACUUGAUGUUACCUGCCUCAAAUUGGUUGGUAACAGUAACACAGGUGUCGUUUACCUCCCUAGCUACAGCCAGACAUGGGCAAAACGAGGAGAAAAUUUCUUCACAAAUCAAGUGACUAGCUACUUCUCCCACUGCUCUGUUGAUGACGCCACCUACAUUGUGACACCAUUUCAUUAUGAAGUCAUGGCACACUGGGGCAUAAUUUGCUUUGACACUUCCAUACAAUGUGUGUACUUUGAUGAUGGGAUGAAAAUUGAACCGGGAGGUCAAAUCCUUACUAUUGUUGAAAAUAUGCUUGAUGGGUUUGUAAAGCUUAGCUGCACCCAGAACUUCGACAAAAAGAAAUGGAACAAACCACAUCUUACACUUCCUCUUCCACGUAUGAACAUGCCAACACAAAACCCCACUGGAAAUGCCGGCUCUGGAAGUUGUGGAGUUGGAGUCAUCUACACAAUAUCAGAUAUCCUUAACUUUGGAAGAAUACCCCAAACUCACUCAUGGACGUAUGGCAACAUGAAGGUACUUAGAAAACAGCUAAUGAAACUCAUUCUCAAAUGGAGAAACAUGUAA